AAAUAAAUUAUUUUGAGAUGAUAAAUAUAAAUAGUUUAUUUGCUUACUAAAUUAGUAAUAAAUUAGAAAUUGCAUGAAUCAGUCUUACUACGCAAUAUAAAAAAAUUUUUUAAAUAUUACAUAUUAUAGAAAUUAUAAAAUCCGAGGAAUGUAAAAAAACAAAAUUAAAUUCUUACCCGUUAGUAAUACUACCUUCCUAUAAUUUCAAGCGACAGUGAACAAAGACAAUUAAUAUAUCGCCCAACAAAUAUGGAGUAUGUCAAAACAUGUAAUGACAACAAUAACAGAUAUACUUCACACAAUAAAGGACAUCGAAUUUCCCGCAUGAUGGAGUUAUAAGUUGUUUGUCAGAAGCUAUACGUACAAUAUAUCGAGAGUGUUUAAGACGUGUACAAGUGCCUUAAUUAUCUUUAGUGAUUUGUCGUUUGAUAAUUAUUAAUUAUGGGAAGCGAAGCUCGUAAGGUGGAGGAGGGAAAGAUUCAAAUAGGCGACGUAGAGAUUAAUUUCAUUCGAGUCGGCACGGGCGAUCAUCCGGUGCUAUUGCUGCCUGAAUUAUUAGGAAUGGCACGGUUGAGUUUCGCGACCCAGAUUGAAGACCUGGACAUAGAGAAGUUGACCCUAGUAGCGUGGGAUCCACCCGGUUAUGGAAAAUCAUGGCCACCCGAUAGAACUUUCCCGGAUGAUUUCUAUCAGCGUGAUGCUACAUGGGCCCACAGUCUGAUGAAGACCCUGGGCUAUUCGAAAUUCUCCUUAAUCGGCAUGUUCGAUGGUGCAGUCACGGCGCUUUUCCUCGCCGCCAUGUAUCCGGAGAGCAUCCGCAAGAUGAUUGUUUUAGAUGCCAAAUCAUACGUACAUCUAGAUGAGAUCAAACCACUCCAAGCUACAGUGGUCAUUGACAAGGUUAUAAACUAUAUGAAGAAAGUUAUGACGACAUUUUAUGGUGAAGAUUACAUCAAACAGACUAUGUCGAGAUGGUUAGACACUAUGUUUAGAUUGUACCACAAGCAAAAUGGUGACUUGUGCAAGCAGGAGUUACUGAAAAUAAAAUGCCCAACGUUGAUUUUUCAUAUAUCUGACAAUAGUUUACUCGUACCAGAUCAGCCAUUGCAUCUGAAACAGAAUAUUGCCAAUUCAACGAUAUACUUUUUUCAGAGUGAUACGCCUGAUGAUUUGAAUACAUAUCUCGACGAGUUUAAUAAGAGGAUAGCAGAGUUCCUUUUGGAAAAAUAAAAAAUUGGAAAAAAUAUUUUACAAAAUAUUUACCAUACAUACUUAUACGUCUGUAUAUAUAUGUAUUAUAAUGCGCUAAUUAGGUAUUUGUUAGAUUUGAGUUUAACAAGAAAAAGACACUAUAGUAAAAAAUGGAGAGAAGGUUUAAAGAAAAAUAAAUUAGAAACGUUUGUCUAUAUUUCUCAUUUACUCAGAGAGAAAUAUUUUUAAAACGUAUAUGUGCAGUGCAAUUAUUACAUAUAGAAAAAUUGUCAUUGGAAUUCACAUCGAAAAUUAAAAAUGGACAAAGUGAGAAGCAAGGAAACUUUUUGCAGAUUACAUCUGAUUACAUCGUUAUAAAUACAUAAAACAUUUGUUUACAAUAUUUUAUAUAUUGUUUAUCCUGGUGACAAUAUUUGCUUAGAAAUAUCAAAUCGAUUUGUUGAAAGAAUUGUUCGAACCUUUUAACAUGAAAUAAAAUUUUAUUAAGAAGUAUAUGUCUCCUGUUUUGAGCUGUAUUUGAAUGUAUGCAAAACUCGUAAACUUAUAAUUGGGCAGGAACACUUUCUUCUGUGAUUAUAAGUAUAAACGUAUAUUUUUAUUUAAAAUGUAUAUGUUUCCAAAUGUAAAAAUGCUACGUGUAAUUAUCAACGAAGUUCGCGACACAGUAGGUCUAAUUUAAAAAGUGGACUAUAUAAAUACAAACUGUUUGCAUAUUAUAAUAUGUUGUGCAUAUACUUCAAGUUACACAUAAGUGAUAUUCGAUUAUUCUAUAUUAAAUUCCGACUAUGAAUACCGCUCUAACAAGGGGAGGUCGCGAGAUUCCGGUCACGGAAUUAAACAAAAUUAUUCGAUCUAAACUAUUUCCAAUCCAUGUACGAAAUAUAAUAUAUUAUAUAAUUUUUUCUAAAAUGCAAAGAAAUAAAAGAAAAUAUCUAUUUAU